GUCUACUGACACGUACGCCUGAAAAUCCCAGACCUAAAAUGGAACCCAUCAAAACCCACACAGUGCGAUUUUUUUGCUCUCUCGAAUGUAUUUUUUGCGUCGUAGGGUUGCGGUUUUCCUCGUAAGCACCGUGUUUGUCUAGGGUGAUCCUUACCAGCUUGCAUCAUGGCGAUGCCAAUCAAGCCUGGAAAGAUCGGAGUGGAGGAGCCUGUUGAGAAUGUCCACCGGAUCCGAAUCACCCUUUCCUCCAAGAAUGUGAAGAAUCUCGAGAAGGUGUGCGCUGACUUGAUCAAGGGCGCCAAGGACAAGAGACUCAAAGUGAAGGGCCCAGUGCGUAUGCCUACCAAGGUGUUGCACAUCACCACCCGGAAGUCUCCUUGUGGAGAAGGUACCAACACCUGGGACAGAUUUGAGUUGCGUGUGCACAAGCGUGUGAUCGAUUUGCACAGUCCCUCCGAGGUGGUCAAGCAGAUCACUUCCAUCACCAUUGAACCUGGUGUUGAGGUCGAGGUUACCAUUGCUGAUGUUUAAGCCAGUAUCGCAUUGUAACAUUUCGGUUGCCUUGUCCAUACGAAUGUCCCAGCAUUGAACUCGUAGGAGCACAGUUUUUUUUUAAAUGUGCAAAUUUUAUUAAAGCUAUUCCCAAUUGCUGCCUGUUACAUGGA